AUGGCAGACUCAGUGGCAGAUCCGGAUACCAAAUACUUCGCUACAACCACAGACGAUGAUGAUCGCCUGGCUCAACUCGGUCACGUCCAAGAGUUGCAAAGGAAUUAUUCGAUAUGGUCGCUGGGCAGUCUUUGUCUCUGUCUGAUGGCAACUUGGGAAGCCCUGUCGACAGUCAUCGCGACUGCGUUAGCUACGGGCGGUGCCCCUUGUCUGUUCUUCAACCUGCUCGUCUCAGUCAUCUGUACAAUUGCAAUUGCUUGCUCCUUGAGUGAGGUUGCUUCCAUCUACCCAACUGCAGGAGGACAAUACCACUGGGUUGCGGCACUCUCUCCACCUUCGUCUCGAGCAACAGCGUCAUGGUUCACAGGAUGGAUCAAUGUCGGAGGACAAAUCGUCCUUACUGCAUCUGCUGCAUUCGCGGCUGGUCUUCAGCUUCAAGCGUUGAUCAUCUUGAACGAUGACUCUUACGUCCCAGCAAGAUGGCAAGGUCUUCUAUUUUACUGGCUCAUCUUGCUAUACGCCGCUGCAACCAACAUCUGGGGUUCGAGGAUUCUCCCUACUGCCAAUCUGCUUUCCGGUGUACUGCACAUGGCAGGCUUUCUUGCCAUCCUGGUGACACUCGGUAUCAUGGCGCCCAAGAACUCCACUUCUUUCGUCUUUACAGAAGUAUCGAACUCGAGCGGUUGGUCCAGUGACGGCAUCUCGUGGCUCGUCGGUCUCCUCUCCUCUGUAUACCCACUGCUCGGAUACGACGCCGCAUGCCAUCUUGCCGAAGAGAUGCCUCAUGCUUCGCGCAAUGUUCCUUUGGCUAUGGUCGGCUCGGUCACGGUCAAUGGCGUCCUCGGCAUUGGCUACUGUAUCAUGCUCCUCUUCUCGGCCGGCACAUUGGAUGUUCUGCUUGCCACGCCUACCGGGUUCCCAUUUAUGCAGAUCUUCCUCGAUGCGACUAGGUCCGCAGCCGGUGCGACUGUUAUGAGUUUGGUCAUCACCCUCACUGCGAUUGCAGCUACGGUGGCCGGAGUAACAUCAACGUCCCGUACCGUUUGGGCCUUUGCACGUGAUAAGGCCACGCCAUUCGAUCGCUACUUCGCAUAUGUCAAUCACUCGUCUCACGUCCCAGUCCGCGCUGUCGUUCUUAUUACAAUCUUGCAGAUGCUUCUCGGCUUCAUCUACCUGGGCAACUCAACCGCCUUCAACGCCAUCCUCUCGAUGGCCAUCCUCGGUCUCUACACUUCCUACCUAAUCCCAAUCAUCUACUUCAUGAUCCACGGUCGUCCCAAGAUGGCAAAACAUGAGUUUGGUUUUUUCAAGAUGCCUAAGUCAUUGGGCUUAGGCCUGAAUCUUCUGUCAUGCGCUUGGCUCGUCCUGGCGAUCAUCUUCUCAACAUUCCCAACUUCCAUGCCCGUUACUGCGCAAAACAUGAACUACUCCACCGUAGUCAUGGUUGGCUGGGUAGUACUUGGCGGGAUCUAUUACAUCAUGUUGGGCAGGAAGAAGUUCGAAGUCCCCAUGGUGGACCGCGAGGCGCGUGGCUUUUGA